GAUAAAUAUGAAAAUUAUAUGACAAUGAUGAGAGUGAUUUAUUGUGAAUUUUGAAAUGGUAAAUGGUUUUAGGGAAAUUUGUUGGAAGCGUCUCGGUGCAUUCAACCACAGGCGGUACGUUGCCUGUUAUACUUGCGGUGCUGCUCUUGCUUCUCCUCCUCCACGGGCGUAUUCGGAUGACAACAUCUGAGAUGGCGGCUCUCGAUAACGAACACGCCGCCAAAGCAGGGUCCUCGCACACUGAAGCAAGCACUGAAUUGAUUCCCUUCGGGGCUAUUUUCAGGCGGCGUUCAGCGCAUGCCCAAAGGUUCCCCACAGCAGGUCUUAGCGUGCCUCACCGCCGAAGAAAAAAAAACAGGGACUCACAGGGGCCCAGGACCACAGAUUGCCUAGUUGAGCCUCCCCGACCAAUUCUGGCCAGAGUGACUUGUGUUUGCCUGCGGCCAAUAUGGCCCGCACAGGUACCGCGGGCCACCCAACCUUGGCCCCGGCCGAUCUCUGGUGCUGCAAUCUUUAUCACCUGUGGAAAUUUUUCGUUCUCUUUUUCGGGCGCCGCAGCCAAAGAAAAAAAAAGGCAAGGCGCAGAGCCGGAGUAGACCCGCCUUUCUAGGCCUCUGGGCUGCUCCCCUGACGAAAGCUCCCCCAAAGUUUCUGGGCCAGAGACCGAGCUGCUGCUUUCUUCUCUCCUCCCACUUUCUCUCUCCUCGCCAUUUCUCCCAAACUCAUCUUUUGGGUCCUGUCCUUUCUCCCGCACCGAGGCUUUCCACUCGCGGCCUAGCAAACACUCUUCAACCUGUUUGUUGGCGAAUCGUGGUUCUACUUCAUCCCCGGCGACGCCAGCCCCCAACGACCCAACGCACACCACAACCACCACCACCACCACAAAGACGGCUUCUCACCUACCCAUUGUUCUUCUGCCCAUUGAAGAAUUGCCGGCGCUGCCAUUGUCGCACGUUUCAUUGUUGAAAUAGAAGACGCUUCCAAUCUCACCUAGUCUCUAUUACACUGACCAAAACUUCGAUACAGAACACUCGUCUACCCUCUUGGAUACCCGGUCGAUGGUUUAAAGGCCAAGAACACGUCUCAUUCUCCGAUAUCGACGCCGUCAUGAAUGCCGCAUCUCUGCUCCCCCGUCGCUUUCGCGGCGAGAGCGUCAACUCCCGCAAGACGGCAACACCGUCGUGGGCUACCAAGACGAUUUCACCGUUGCUGAGCUUCUUGGCCCGUCUUGCAUGCUCCCACCCUAUCCAUACUGUUGUUGUCAUUGCCAUCCUUGCUAGCUCGUCAUACGUUGCUCUGAUCCAAGACUCCCUCUUUGGCUCUACUGCACCCGUAGGUAAAGCCGAGUGGUCGUCCCUCACCGAGGGCAGCCGCGAUCUCAUUGCCAAUGCCGCCACCGGCUGGAACUGGCAGAGCGUUGAACAAGGCUCCAAGUCUUCCCAAGAUGCCGCAGCCGAGCAUCUUGCUCUUCUCACCUUUGUCUUCCCUGAAACCGUUUCAAGCAAGUCCUCCACCACGCCUCCCAAGUCCAACUCGGUCCCUAUCCCUGUCAACUUGACGGUCAAGAGCCUCCCGGCAACGGAAAACUCAUUCACCACGUACGCGCACGACAGUAUCCUUGCUUACUCUGUACCCUACGCCCAAGCUCCCGAGUUCCUCAGCGCUGCUCAGGAGAUUCCUCAGGAGAACGGCGAGACUGCCGUCACCGGCCAUGGCCGUGAACAAAAGACUUGGAUCAUGAAGGCUGCCAAGGUCAACACCCGCAACACCUUUGUCCAGUGGUUUACCAAUGCCCAGACUGAGUUCUUUGAUUUGCUCAAGAACGCCGAAACUCUUGACAUUGUCAUCAUGGUGCUCGGUUACUUGUCAAUGCAUCUCACUUUUGUGUCGCUGUUCCUAUCUAUGCGUCGCAUGGGGUCCAACUUUUGGCUUGGUAUGAGCACGCUCUUCUCGUGCGCCUUUGCUUUUGUUUUCGGUCUUGCCGUUACCACCAAGCUCGGUGUCCCUAUCAGCGUUAUCCUCCUCUCUGAAGGCCUCCCCUUCCUCGUCGUCACUAUUGGUUUCGAAAAGAACAUUGUCUUGACCCGAGCUGUGCUCACCCACGCCAUGGAGUUCCGCCGUGUUCAGGCAAAGGAAUCCAAGUCUGGUAAGAAGUCAAGCAAGGACCCUAUUCAGCAGGCUAUCCGCGCCGCCAUCAAGGACAAGGGCUACGAAAUUAUCCGUGACUACGCCAUUGAAAUCACUAUCCUCGUUCUCGGUGCAGCCUCUGGCGUCCAGGGUGGCCUCCAGCAGUUUUGCUUCCUUGCGGCUUGGAUUCUCUUCUUCGAUGGUGUGCUGCUCUUCACCUUUUAUACAGCCAUUCUGAGCAUCAAGCUCGAAAUCAACCGCAUCAAGCGCCACUUUGAGAUGCGUGGUGCCCUCGAGGCGGACGGCGUCAGUCGCCGUGUCGCUGAGAAUGUCGCCUCCAGCAAUGACGAUUCCAAGGACACCGGUCUCUUUGGCCGCCAAAUGAAGAGCAGCAGUGUCCCCAAGUUCAAGGUCCUCAUGAUUAGUGGCUUUGUCCUGCUCAACGUCAUCAACUUUUGCACCAUUCCCUUCCGCAGCGGAAGCUCUUUUGCUACUCUACGUUCUUGGGUCAGCGGUCUUGGUGGCGUAGUUUCUACGCCCCCUGUUGACCCCUUCAAGGUGGCAUCCAACGGUCUGGAUGCUGUCCUCGCUGCCGCAAAGUCCAAGGGUGUUGCAGUCCUUGUGACGGUCCUUACACCCAUCAAGUAUGAGCUAGAGUUCCCAUCGGUCCACUACGCCCUCGCCACUGCUGGCGAUGCUAGCUCCACGAUUGAUAUGGGCCACUUUGAUAACUACGGUGUCGGCGGCCGAAUGGUUGGUGGUCUCCUCAAGAGUCUUGAGGAUCCCGUCCUCUCCAAGUGGAUUGUUGUCGCGCUUGCCCUUUCUGUCGGUCUCAAUGGCUACCUCUUCAAUGUUGCGCGAUGGGGCAUCAACGACUCUACCGAACCCGAGCACCACGUCGACCGCAAGGAGCUUGCCCGCGCUCAGCGCUUCAACGACACCGACGGAGCUACACUUCCUCUUGGCGAAUAUGUUCCUCCCACUCCUCUCCGCACCGAGCCUGCCACGCCUUCGCUUACCGAUGAUGAAGGUGAUGCCGGUUUGACCAUGACCAAGGCCAAGCCUGCUCCCUCCGAGCACCGCACUAUUGCUGAGCUUGAGCAACUGAUUGCCGAAACUCGUGUUCCCGAAAUGACCGACGAAGAAGUUGUCACCAUGUCCAUGCGUGGCAAGAUUCCCGGCUACGCCCUCGAAAAGACCCUCAAGGACUUUACACGCGCUGUCAAGAUUCGCCGAACCAUCAUCUCCCGCACCAAAGCCACCUCGGAACUCACGCACAGCCUGGACCGGUCGAAACUCCCAUACAUGCACUACGAUUUCGAGCGAGUGUUUGGCGCCUGCUGCGAAAAUGUUGUCGGUUAUCUUCCCCUCCCUGUCGGUGUUGCUGGCCCCAUUGUCAUUGAUGGCCAAAGCUACUUUAUCCCCAUGGCUACGACUGAAGGUGUUUUGGUGGCCAGUACCAGCCGUGGCUGCAAGGCCAUCAACGCUGGUGGUGGUGCUGUCACUGUUCUUACCGGUGAUGGCAUGACCCGUGGUCCCUGUGUCAGCUUUGAAACUCUGGAGCGCGCCGGUGCUGCCAAGAUUUGGCUCGACUCUGAAGAGGGUCAGAGCACGAUGAAGAAGGCGUUCAACUCGACCUCGCGCUUUGCCCGUCUUCAGGAGAUGAAGACGGCAAUUGCUGGCACCAACCUCUACAUUCGCUUCAAGACGACGACUGGUGACGCCAUGGGCAUGAACAUGAUUUCCAAGGGUGUCGAGUUUGCUCUCAAGGUCAUGUCUACUGAGUGUGGUUUCGACGACAUGCAGAUUGUGUCGCUUUCUGGUAACUACUGCAUGGACAAGAAGCCCGCUGCUAUCAACUGGAUCGAGGGCCGUGGUAAGAGUAUUGUUGCCGAGGCUAUUAUCCCUGCCGAUGUUGUCAAGAGCGUUCUCAAGAGUGACGUUGACUCUCUGGUCGAGCUCAACGUGGCCAAGAACUUGAUUGGUUCCGCCAUGGCUGGCUCCAUGGGUGGCUUCAACGCUCACGCCGCCAACAUUGUCGCCGCCAUCUUCCUUGCCACAGGUCAGGAUCCCGCCCAGGUUGUCGAGAGUGCCAACUGUAUCACCAUCAUGAAGAACCUGCAUGGCUCGCUGCAAAUCUCGGUCUCAAUGCCUUCUCUCGAGGUCGGCACGCUAGGUGGAGGUACCAUCCUCGAGCCCCAAAGCGCCAUGCUCGAUAUGCUUGGUGUCCGAGGCUCUCACCCAACCAACCCUGGUGACAAUGCCCGCCGCCUGGCACGCAUCAUCGGUGCCUCGGUCCUUGCCGGUGAGUUGUCACUGUGCAGUGCCCUGGCCGCCGGUCACCUCGUCAAGGCUCACAUGGCCCACAACCGUAGCGCCGUUCCUUCGCGCUCGACAACACCUGCGCCUCCCAUGACGCCCGUCUCGCUGGCCAUGACCAAUGGCCACGACAAGAGCAUGAGCGCCGCUGCUCAGCAACGAUCCAAGAGGUGAAGGGAGCGCAGUGGCUAAUAAAGAUGUAACCACACAAACGCAUUCAACCAAAAUCAUAAUAUUCCCCUCCCUAACGGUACAUUUUUACCUAGCGAGCAUACCGAAAACAGGUAGACUGCCCCCUAAACACUGGCGUUUUCCCCCUGGUGUUGGAUUUUCUUUACUUGUUACCAGGACGUAGCGUCUUGUAAGUGCCCCCUCAUUCGUAUAGCAUCGUUGAAAGGGGUACUACUCCGUAUAUAUAGCAACCAGCAAGCAAAAGGAACUAGAGAGAGUAUUUGGUAUCAUGUAUUCGCAUCAAUGCAUAUUAAUUGUUGUCCAUUUCAAUUCAGAGUAGCCCCCGCCGUGGGUACCGCUAUAUCACAGUGUCAUCAUCAUUAUCAUCUCGUAUCGUAUCGUAUCGUACAGCAAAAGCCUACCUACCCCGGCCAGUAAUAAUCACUACAAUUGUCUCACGCGCUCAACUUCGUCUCCUACCGAGUCAAUCAUGACAAUGCCCUCAGCAACCAGCUUCUCCCUCUCUGCGGGCCAAGCCUCCGGAAACACAGGUCGCGUUGCGUCCUCGACAAUAUACGUCACAAGACCCUCGUCCCUAGCAUGCAGCGCCGUAGCCUUUACGCAGUAAUCCGACGCAAGGCCGACAACGUACGCAUGCGUGACCCCACUGUCGCGCAGCAUCUCUACAAGCCCAGACCCCGACUCGCCAAAGGGGUCGUAAAACGCAGAGUACAUUUCGCGAUCAGCCACCAUGCCCUUAUCGACUAUGCCGUGUAGAUGCGCAACCUGCAGCUCCGGCACGAGCUCCGCGCCGGGUGUGUUUUGCACGCAGUGGACGGGCCACAGCGUGGUCUGGUAGCUUGGCUUGGUGGCGUGCGAGAUGGUGGUCGUGGACGUGUAGGGCUCGGUGCCAGGGUGGUUGGCGGC